AUGGGGGGUCGUCAUGCUGGUGCGGCGGCUGCGGCAGCCGUGCGGGCUCUGGCCGACGACGCGCGCGCCACACCCAUAGCAGCGGACCAAGCAAGGCGUUCGCCUCCGCUCCGACGGGGUCGCCGACGAGCACGCCGCCGCAAAGCGCUUAGCGACAACUCGGCACCCCCGCCAAGCGAAGAAGGCGAGGGUGGAGUGCCCGUUUGCCCCGCGAAUGCCGAGGCUCCGGACACCAUGCACGCUUCGGCAAGUGUUCCCGGAACAGCCUGGGCCACGCUUGAUGCAGUUGACUUGGUGGCGGAAUUGCGAUGUCCCGUGCCCACGUUGCAAGACGUACCGCCUUUCAUGCGACCACCGAUUCGGAUGGCGUUGUUGUUCCUCCUUGCUCCUCGUAUGCUCCUCGCUCGCACGACGCAGCGUGGGGCCCAGGGGCGCCAGGAAUUGCUUGCGCGCGCCAAAGCCUUCCAACAGGGUGACUGGGCGCGGUUUUUGGGGGAGGUACGCCGAGCCGCUUCCAGCUUCCGCAAAUCGGGCGCGCAGAGUGCGGAUGCCGAGACCCUCGCUGAGCGCAAGCGGGAACAAGCCUGCACGAAAGUGAAGGCGGGCGAACUUUCCAGAGCUCGCCAGCUCCUAACUGCGGCAGAGCUCGCGCCCGGUAGCGAGGAAUGA